AUGGCGCCAAGCAAACAUUCCAAGAGAUCUGACACAUACAGGAGAAACAGAAACAGUGCCACCAUCGAAGACUAUCUGAAAAAAACACACGAGGAAAGCGCAACGACAGUAACAGCGCUGCUAUCCGCUGAUUACCUGCCGGUGUUGUGUGUUGUUACCGAUGUUUAUGUAAGAGGUUUGAAGUAUCUCGCCGACAUGGGUCUCGAAGUCGAGCGAUUUGUGAGUGAUGUUGAGUCCGAGCUACUUUGUCCGAUCUGUCAUUGCGUCUACGUGGAUCCUGUCUCCAAUCGCGACAACUGCAAACAUACCUAUUGCUUUGCGUGUAUCCGCAAAAGAUUCAAAUCGGAAAGUUCUCGGUUUUGCCCGUUAUGCGACGAGCCGUUGAGGGAGAACCUUUCUAAGCCAUCGCGUGAACUCCAAGACAAACUGUUCUCUUUGGAAAUAGUCUGCAACCAGAAUUGUGGCACUACGUGCAAGCUAAAGGAACUACCGGGUCACAUUGAAAAGGAGUGUGAUCUCACGUACGUGAACUGCACAUACACCCGGAGAGGGUGUAAAUUCCGCGUUCCAAGAAAAGACCUCGCGGACCACGUGAGAGCCUGUGAUUACAGGUACGCCAUGUGCGAGGCAUGUGGUCACCGGACUUACCGGUGUCUGCUGUUCACCCAUCAAAAGAAGCGAAAAUGCAUGGAUAAAAAACUAGCAAACGAGAAAGUGAGGAGCGAGAUAGCAUCCAGGAAAGACGUGAAAGCUCAUCAGUUGGAGCUUAAAUUUGAUAGUUUUGCAUUGGAACGAGAUUUAGAUCGAGUGGAAAGAACUCGGAUCGAAUCCAGGGGGUGUUCGGAGUAUGGAAGCGAGUUUAGCUAUGGGUCUAGUGGAACAUUGGCAAUUACAAACGGCGAAUUUGAGUCAGAGCGUUCACAGAGCGCGUUUAGCACCCCACGAACGACGACGUCAGCACAGUCGGAGAACAGUCAUGUGAUGCCUGUUCUUGUGAGACAAACCCAGAGUGCACGUAGUAUUGGCCGUCUACCGGUCCCGUCACCAUCCAGGGCAGCUGAUCACCCACUGACGUGCAGAAGAUGCAGAAGAACGUUCAAACAGUCGAAAAAUCACGAGAAGGCAUGCUCAUGGCACAGAGGUGUAAGUAUUAAGGGUUAUCUUCAGAGGAGCCUUAUGAUCUCAGGCAUACUCGCUAGAAUAAGUUAG